AUGUUAAAACAACAAAAGAUCUUAUGGAGAGACACUGAAAGAUAUCUUGAUCCACUGACUGAUUCAACACGUGGUGCUAAACUUUUCUCAACACUAUUGGGAUCAUUGAUAGCUCAUGUAGGGAAAGAAUUUUUACCAAAUGAUGGCACAAUUAUUUUAGAAGAUAUUUAUCAUCUACCAUUACCAAUUUUUAAUUAUCCAAGAACUAGGAAAUGUUUUUCACAAAUUUAUGAGUUACAUUGUGAUAACAUAUUUAUAUUAUCAAUGUGCUCUAACAAACUUUUCAUUAAUGAAAAUGAUCAUAAUAAGAAGAAUGGUGGUCUUAUUAUUAGGAAAUUGGUAAUUAAAGAUUUAAAAAGUGAUAAUAGGGGAUUGGCAUAUUUGAUUUCUUUACAAAAAUAUUUAGAAUGUGUGGUAUAUGGUUCUGUUUAUAAUAUUGUUAAUUUAGAACUACACAAAGAAAUCAGUAAAGCAUUAAUUAAAGUUUCAAGUUCUAUAAAAUAUUUUACUCUUACUGGAGGAUUGUUAUGUUUGCCACCUGAAACAAUUGGUCAUUUUUCAAACCUGGUAGUAUUGGAGAUUUUGGUGAAUGAUAAUAUAGAAGACCUUUUCCAAGAUAUGUGUAUGUCAGCCACUUUUAAAGGACUGGAAAUAUUUAGGAUUGGAAGUAAAUUGCCAUCUUUGAAUGUUCUUAGUAAAUUUUUAACAAAAUUUUGUUCACAAAUCAAAGUUCUUGAUUUAUAUGGGUUCUGGCCAAAUGGCAAGAAAAAAUUAUCACAACAUAAUCAAACAAUAGCUCAAUACUAUUAUCAAAGUUUGCAUUACCUAGCUACUUCAAUUUCUGAUGUCAAAGAUGUAAGGCAAAUUUUGGUAUCAUGUGAACAACUUGAGGGACUAUAUUUGGAUAGUUAUGAAAGGAAGAUUGACUCUGAAGAACUUUUUCAAAUUCUAGUAAACCAUUAUCCAGCAAAAUUUCAAAAUUAUGUCUAUUCAACAAAUGGGAUUUAUCCAAAACUUCUUUAA